CCCUUGCUUCUUCCUGUGCCACGCCUUCUCCUAGCAGUAGCUUCCUCCUGGCAUCUUUAGGAAGUGUCUGAUCCCCAUGUGUUAGUGGGAGGAGUCAGCCCCUGUGUUGACAAUCAGGUCAUAUGAUUGGGUGUUUUUGUUGGGCACGCGGAUGGCCCGGAGGGUGACACGUGCCCUCCCGCCCUUGGCACGGUUCCCCUGGAUGGACGCUCUGUUCCCCGCGGCGAUGGCAAUGAUGAAGCGCGCUGUGCAGAGCUCCGCCACCCCGGCCUCCAGCCUCCGUUCUCUGCGCUUCGAUAACCGGGCGCUGCGCUGCCUGCCGGUGGAGGCCGGGGACGGGCAGGGCGAUGAGGCGGUGAGUUCCCGCCAGGUCUCCGGGGCAUGCUUCUCCCCGGUCCGCCCCACCCCCAUAGAGAAGCCCCAGGUGGUGACCCUGUCCCGGCCAGCCCUGGCUCUGCUCGGCGUACAGCUCGGAGAAGACGAGGAGGACGAGGCCGCCCAUUACUUCAGUGGGAACCGACUACUUCCCGGAUCACAGCCCGCCGCUCACUGCUACUGCGGACAUCAGUUCGGGAGCUUCGCCGGCCAGCUGGGGGAUGGCGCCGCCAUGUACCUGGGAGAAGUUCUCAACCCGGCCGGGGAGAGGUGGGAGAUCCAACUCAAGGGAGCCGGACUCACCCCUUACUCCAGACAAGCGGAUGGAAGGAAAGUGCUGCGAUCCACCAUUAGAGAGUUCCUGUGCAGUGAGGCCAUGUUUCAUCUUGGAAUCCCAACUACAAGAGCUGCAUCAUGUGUCACCUCCGACUCCACCGUCAUCAGAGAUAUACAUUACGAUGGCAACCCCAAGAUGGAGAAAUGCACUGUAGUUUUACGGGUUGCUCCUACUUUCCUAAGGUUUGGAUCGUUUGAAAUUUUUAAGCCAGUUGAUGAAUUUACUGGCCGACAAGGUCCCAGUGUCAACAGAAAUGAUAUCCGAAUUCAGAUGCUGGAUUAUGUCAUUGGCACGUUCUACCCAGAAAUACAGGAGAAGUAUGAAGGAGACAACGCCAAAAGAAAUGCUGCCUUUUUCAGAGAGAUAACAAGGAGGACGGCACAGAUGGUUGCUGAAUGGCAGUGUGUUGGAUUUUGCCAUGGAGUUUUAAAUACCGAUAACAUGAGCAUUGUUGGGCUUACUAUCGAUUAUGGACCCUUUGGCUUUUUGGACAGGUAUAACCCAGAUCAUAUCUGUAAUGGUUCCGAUAAUAUGGGACGUUAUGCCUACAACAAGCAGCCAGAGAUCUGUAAGUGGAAUUUGGGAAAGUUGGCUGAGGCUCUAGUCCCAGAGCUGUCUUUGGACAUAGGUAAAAAUAUCCUUGAAGAAGAAUAUGAUGCAGAAUUUCAAAGACACUAUAUGCAGAAGAUGAGGAAGAAGCUGGGACUUCUUAAACUACAACUGGAAGAGGACAGCAAAUUAAUCUCUGAUUUAUUGGACACCAUGAAUCUUACAGGCUCAGAUUUUACCAACACUUUCCGGGUUCUCAGUAAAUUCUCAGGAUGCUCCUCUGAUAUUGAUGACUUCUUGAGCACAGUCACUGAACAGUGUGCUACCUUGGAGGAAUUAAAGGUUGUUUACAAGCCUAAAAUGGAUCCAAGGCAACUUUCAGUGUUGUUGAUGUUGGCACAGAGCAAUCCCCAAUUAUUUGCACUGAUUGGGUCAAAAGCGAACAUAAGCAAAGAGUUGGAGAAUAUGGAAAAAUCUGAAAAACUUCAGGAAUCCAGCGAUGAGGAUCUACUGAAUAAUAACCGAGAGCACUGGAAAGAGUGGCUUCAGAAAUAUAGUGCACGCUUGGAAAAAGAACAAGAACAUUCUGAAGACAUUAAGACUUUGCACACAGAACGGGAAAAAAUCAUGAAUUCCAAUAACCCAGCACACAUCCUGAGAAAUUAUAUAGCUCACAAUGCCAUAGAGGCAGCUGAGAAUGGAGACUUUACAGAGGUGAGGCGCGUCCUGAAGAUUUUGGAAAAUCCUUAUGAAGUGGAGGAAAGUGAAGAAAUCCCUGAGCUUGCUGAAGAAGAACGUCUGGAAGCUUGUGCUUCUUCUGCCGUCUUUAGGCCCACAAAUCUCUCCAGACUUCCAUAUAGCAAGAAACCUCCACUUUGGGCUACAGAACUAUGUGUCACCUGAUCCUCAUAAUAGCCUUGUUGGCGUUUUCUGUUUUCAUGCAGGAAAAAAAACCUCAACAAGGCCAAUUCUAACAAGCACAUAUAUAGAUAGGUUUUUUAAAACUACAUUUGGAUUUUUUGGUAAGGUUAUAACCACUUAAGGUUGCUUGCACAUGGGGACAUUUAGCUGCUGUGUGUCCCUCCUGGCAUGUUGGCGUGUACUGGUGGCACAGUUACAGCAUCUAUCCCCGCAGCAUGCCAGUCUGUGGAAGGCUGCAUAUGGACUAAAUGUUAUAGUGAGUGGUACUCCCUGUUUAGGGCCCUAUGUAUUCAGGAAUUAAUGUUUUAAAAUGCUGGGAGGAGCACACAGCCGUUAGAUGGCCCUGUGUGUGUGCAAGGGGCCUAUUGGGGGGGAGAAAAAUUACUACAAAAUAUUUAUUUGCCAUUAAAACCUAUAGAAUCCAAAUGUAAUUUGCACAUGACGGCAAAAAUAUCAAUUCAGGAAUGUGACGUAUUUUUGCCUGAUGUUUACCACUGUAGUGCUUGUUGCAUGUUUUAGCAUUGUGUAUAUCAUCACAUUAAUUUAAAACAUAAAUUAUGAUGGACUUGAUGCUUUUUAUACGCACAAAAAUGUUGCAAUUGGAAAAUGAAACCAUUGCACUUAAUGGAUAUUCAGGUAAUUUUUGUUUGCUGCUUACGCUGUGCCUUUUGUACAGACUGUACCUUGUUACAAAGAUAGGUGGAGGAUAUAGAAAGUGUUUUUUUUUAUAUUGACUUCCAUAAAAUGACAGAUAUUGUAUUGAUUUUAUUGACUUGUUUUAACAGGCAAGUGAAGUGUGUGUGUGGUAGAAUGUACAGUGUGAGAUUACCAUAGGACAAAAACAAAUGUUUUUUUUUUUUUGGGGGGGGGGGGGGGAGAGAGAUGUAGAAUGUACAGUUUGAGAUUUCCAUAGAAAAUUUUUUUUUUUUUUGGGAUGCUAAAUUUAGGCAUCAUUCAUAAACAAAAGAAAAACCUUUAUACUCUCCUCAAUGCUGUAACCCACGUGGGUUGCAAGAUGAACUGGUCAAUCGCAUGACCCCUCCUGUUAGCAGAGAGCUGUGACUGUCGGUCACUAGAGUGCUGGGCAGAGGAGGAGGCGGGUGCAGCUGGCUUUGUCAUGUCCUGACAAUAUAGCUGGGAUUAUUUCAGAGAAUGAUGACCAAAAAUGAAGUCAGCAAUGACAGUUUGCAUAUGUUUUAGGACAGGCUCCCUUUUAAGAAAUAAUUUUAAAUAGCGGCUGUGCUUUAAACACAUCAGGUGGUUACAGGUAAAAAGGUUAUUUGCCCGAGUCUUUCCAUUCUUUCUACAUUUUUUUUUUUUCAAUGGUCUUUUAUGCCAAAAAAAAAUGUUCAACGAUAUAGAAAUGUUCUUAAGCAUUAGAACAUAAUUAAUACCCUUUGUGUUCAUUUACAUAUUAAAUGCAAUUUCAAAAUGA